AUGAAGCCAACAUCUGUUGUACUACAGCUUGCUGAUCGUUCCACCAAAAAGCCUAGGGGUAUUAGCCCGUUAAUUUUCUCCCAUCGGAUCAAUCUGGAGGACGAGGCUAUCCCUCGAAGAGACCCUCAAAGGCGACUGAACCCCACGAUGAAAGAGGUUGUAAAAAAUGAAGUUUUGAAAUUGCUAGAUGUCGGUAUUAUUUACCCAGUAGCAGAUAGCAAAUGGGUCAAUGUUACCUUUGAGUGGACACCUAAGUGUGAGGAAUCAUUCCGAGCGCUUGUCAAUUCGCUCACUUCUGCUCCCAUCAUUCAGUCACCCGAUUGGAGUCUUCCUUUCGAGAUCAUGUGUGACGCCAGCAACUUUGCUGUGGGAGCUGUGCUAGGACAACGAAGGGAGGGGAAACCCUUUGUUUUCUAUUAUGCAAAAUUUGAUAUAACAAUCAAAGACAAGAAAGGUGUUGAAAAUGUCGUCGCGGACCACUUGUCCCGACUUGAAUUCAGCGAUCCCGCUGACGGUCCACCUAUUCAUGAUGAUUUCCCCGAUGAACAAUUGCUUUCUGUUGCUAAGUUGCCGUGGUACGCUCACAUUGUAAACAACUUAGUAACAGGUGAACUCCCAUCCGAAUGGAGUUCACAAGACAAACGCAAAUUUCUGGUCGAGGUGCGCAAUUUCUUUUGGGAUGACCCAUACUUAUUCAAGUAUUGCCCCGACCAAAUCAUGCGAAGAUGCAUCCAUGACGAUGAGGUGUCUAGUGUGCUGAAUUUUUGCCACAAUGAUGCUUUCGCUGUGGAUUAUGUUUCCAAAUGGGUCGAGGCUGUCCCAUGUCGAACCAAUGAUAACGCUACAGUUGUCAAAUUCUUGAAAGAAAAUGUGUUAUCAAGGUUCGGUACCCCUCGCGCUAUCAUCAGUGAUCAAGGCACUCAUUUUUGCAACCGAUCCUUUGAGGCUCUUAUGCGCAAGUACGGUGUACUUCAUAAAGUUGCAAAUGCCUAUCAUCCACAGACCAAUGGUCAGGCCGAAAUUAAACUUGAAAAAAGAGUGCUAAAAAUGAUAUUAUUGUAG